AUGGCCCUCUCGCGGCGGUUUCUGAAUCUGAUUGUGGACAACGGCAUCCCUGCGCUGCAUCGACCUGACGCGGCAGCAUUUCUUCAAAGACUGGGCACCGGCGGCUGGUACCGGCAAAUCAAUCUUCCCAGCCUGCUCUUCAACUUCCAAGCAUCACGUUUAGAUGUCAAGGACAAAUGGAAGAUGGACUGCUUCCCGCUUGUGGAUCGCAGGGUGAUCUGUGCGGACCAGUGGGGGCGCAGCUUCCUCUUGGAGGCGGACACACAACGCAUCGUUACCAUGCCCCAUCUUCAUGAGCCCAAGUCGAUACCUAUCUCCAUCUUCGUCCCCCAGCCCCAUGUCGAUGGUGAUAUUGAUUUGGGCACCCUUGUAGUCAUGGAGAUCGAGGAUUCCCAAAUCGCGGUCGGAUGGUCACAAAUUUUCAUCUCCGUCGAGGGCCUAGGCACCUAUUGCCUGGACACGACGACCCACACGUGGCGACAAGCCGGCAACUGGACCCUACCCUUCCGCGGCAAGGUUGAGUACGUACCGGAGCUCAAGCUCUGGUUUGGCCUCUCUGCCAAGGACCAAAUGUUGGCUGCUGCUGACCUAUCCUCCAUGGAUUCCCAGCCAGAGCUAAUACUCAUCAUAGAUGCUUGUAAGGCCGAGCUUGACUGGCAAGAGGAAUGGAAGCAAUACAUGGAUUCUCAACUUGUCAACCUGGGCUCAGGCAGCUUGUGCUAAAUUGCAAGGUUCUUCCACACUGAUCGCAACGAGGAUGAAUCGAUUGCUGUCUUGACUCGGGUGUAG